GUCCUAGGAUGUUUUUAAAAUGAACCAUUACAGCAUCUGAGAAUACAAUUUUGCAGGAUCGUGUGUGUGUGUGUGUGUGUGUGUGUGAUUGCACCCAUAUCUGUCUGUGAGGAGUAAUGGAUAGGUCAUGCCUCUGCUUUGUGUGUCAGGUCCAGUUGAUCAAAUACAAUCAUUCAUGUGAGGACAUGUGGAUUCAGAGGAAUUCAUUUGUGGUGUUACAGCCUAACCAGAAUAGCUACGGCAAGGUUACCGCACAAGUAGGCUAGAAAUUAUAAACUGUCGAAACUUUCGCGCUACUUUUUAAACUUUUCUUGGCCACUUAGGCUUGUAGAGCCCAUUCUCUGCUUUUCUGUAUAUUUGUUCCGCACUGGAAUACGUACUGCUGCAAACGGCGCAGCUCCUGGAGUGUUUGCGACAGCUCAACAACCUCUGCUGGAUCUAGGCUGGAUCUUGCGCUAUGCGUAAUGAUAACGCUCCUCUCUCCAAUGGAUUGGAGAUUCCGAUACUCGGUCUGGGGACUUCGCAUGAUGGUGGAUACUCUCACGAAGCGGUUGUUUACGCUCUUCAGGAGUGUGGUGUGAGGCACAUCGAUACUGCUAAACGUUAUGGUUGUGAAGAAUACCUGGCGAAAGCUGUCCAGGAGAGCGGCGUCCCACGCCAGGAUGUGUGGCUGACGACCAAGUUAUGGCCAGGAGACUAUGGUUAUAGCAGCACCAAACAGGCUUGCAGAGCAUCAUGUGCCAGGUUGAGAGUGGAGUACCUAGACUUGUACCUGAUGCACUGGCCUGACUGCAUGGCUCCUGGCCGAUCCAAUAGAGAGAUGAGAGCAGAGACUUGGAGGGCCCUGGAAGAGCUUUAUGAUGAAGGUUUGUGCCGGGCCAUCGGAGUUAGCAAUUUUCUCAUUCCUCAUUUGGAGGAGUUGAAGGAGGACUGCAGUAUAGUGCCCCAUGUCAACCAGGUUGAGUAUCACCCUUUUCAGCAGCCUGAGGAGAUUGUACAAUACUGUCAACAGCAGGGGAUUGUAUUUGAGGGCUACUGCCCCCUGGCCAAGGGCCAGGCUCUCAGUGAUCCUACUAUUCUCAAGAUAGCUGACAAAUAUGAGCAGACGCCUUCCCAGAUUUGUAUACGCUGGAGCAUACAGAAUGGAGUAGUCACAAUCCCCAAGUCCACCAAGAAGAAGAGGAUUCUUGAAAACUGUAAUAUCUUUGGAUUUUCCCUAACAGAAGAGGACAUGGAAUCCAUCAGAGGACUAAACCGUAACAAAAAAAUAAUUCACUUGAGUUACCCUGUCUGGAAAGGAUAGCCACAUUCUUCUCCAUUUAUGAACCUUAUUACAAAUAAGAAAUUACUACUGCGGGUUAUCCACCAUUUCACAGGAAACGAGACCGGUUAAUCAUUCUCAGCACAAUCAAACUCUGAUAUUCAGAGCAAUGGAAUGUGUUCUUUCAUGAAAUUGUUUAACAUAUGGUAAAAUAUAUAUGCAAAGGAUGCCAUUGAAGUGUAAGAGUGACAACGCUAUUCAGACAUCUGUGACGACACCUCAGUGCAGUUUGCUGCACAUCUCUGUGCCUCAUGUAGUGUGUGUGUGUGUGUGUGUGUGUGUGUGUGUGUUUGUGUGUGUGUGUGGAUGGUUAGAGGUUCUUGCAGUGCUGUGCUUAUGCAGUCCAUUGUUUUUUAAUAUGCAGCCCAGUUAAAAAAAUGUGCUUCAAAUAAAAUUUAAACGUCAAAUUUG